ACGGAGCAUUGCGGCCUAUGAGAGGGAGAGAGGGCGUGGCUGAGAGUGAUUGUGACUGGAGGCUGCGGCCUAUGGGCAGCGAGUAGGCGGGGCAGCUCCUGGUUGCUGAGUUACCGUGGUAGUCACUACCCAUAAUCCCAUGCGCUAUGUUGACGAUGACUCAGAAAUACCGCCCCGCUCACUUCCGGUACACAUUUCUCCGUCCACGGUGUGAUCUCUCCUGCUGCCUCAUCCUCCAGGUUACACAGUAGUGAAGAAGACAUCCGGUGAGUGUGAGACACCGAGCAGCCAUCCCCAUGUGUGAGAAAGAAGAAGGACCCAGAGCCUCAUCCCGGUGCCUCCACCUCACUCACUGACACAUGAGACACAUUGACCAGAAGAUCCUGGAACUCACCAACAAGAUCAUUCAGCUGCUGACUGGAGAGGAGGAGGAGUAUAUAGAGGAACACAGGGGUCUGUACAAGGACGUGAUGAUGGAGAAUCACUGGCACCUCACAUCACUGGAUGGGUCCAGUAACAGAGAUACCCCAGAGAGAUGUCCCCGUCCUCUGUAUUCCCAGGAUUGUACAGAGAAGAAUCACAGUAUCCCACAGGAAGAUCAGGCACAACGUCUGUCUGAUAUAAAGACAGAAGAUACACAGGGAGAAGAAGAGACGUAUGUGACUGAUAUAAAGGCAGAAGAUAUAGAGGGAGAAGAAGAGACGUAUGUGACUGAUAUAAAGGCAGAAGAUAUAGAGGGAGAAGAAGAGACGUAUGUGACUGAUAUAAAGGCAGAAGAUAUAGAGGGAGGAGAAGAGACGUAUGUGACUGAUAUAAAGGCAGAAGAUAUAGAGGGAGAAGAAGAGACGUAUGUGACUGAUAUAAAGGCAGAAGAUAUAGAGGGAGAAGAAGAGACGUAUGUGACUGAUAUAAAGGCAGAAGAUAUGGAGGGAGAAGAAGAGACGUAUGUGACUGAUAUAAAGGCAGGAGAUAUAGAGGGAGAAAAAGAGACGUAUGUGACUGAUAUAAAGGCAGAAGAUAUAGAGGGAGAAAAAGAGACGUAUGUGACUGAUAUAAAGGCAGAAGAUAUGGAGGGAGAAGAAGAGACGUAUGUGAUUGAUAUAAAGGCAGAAGAUAUAGAGGGAGAAGAAGAGACGUAUGUGACUGAUAUAAAGGCAGAAGAUAUAGAGGGAGAAAAAGAGACGUAUGUGACUGAUAUAAAGACAGAAGAUACAGAGGGAGAAGAAGAGACGCAUGUGACUGAUAUGAAGGCAGAAGAUAUAGAGGGAGAAGUAGAGACGUAUGUGACUGAUAUAAAGGCAGAAGAUAUAGAGGGAGAAGAAGAGACGUAUGUGACUGAUAUAAAGGCAGAAGAUAUAGAGGGAGAAGAAGAGACGUAUGUGACUGAUAUAAAGGCAGAAGAUAUAGAGGGAGAAGAACAGACGUAUGUGAGGGGUGAUCAGCAGUGUAAGGAGGAGGAGAUCCCUACAGAUAUCAGCACAGGGUUGCCGCAGCAACGUGGGCGGGACCGGUGACGUCACUUCCGGCGGAAGCAACCCGCUCGUGGAGACGGACGCCGGGCCCUGGACACGGGGGCGGCGGCAACCUGGGGGGGACGUCUUGGAGGGGUGAGUGCACUUAUAAAUGUUGGUUUUGUGUCACUGUUUGAUAUCC